AUGGCGUCGUCUAAGGGAGUGAGUACGUACAAUCGCCAAAAUUGGGAAGACUUGUCCUUCCCAAUUCUGUGUGAAACUUCCCUAGGCCCCAGUCCUUUUGUACGGAUGAUGAACGAAAAGUAUGGCAAAGAGUGCAAAAUUUGCAACCGUCCGUUCACAAAAACGGAGAUUUGUCAGAGCUGUGCUAGAAUGAAAAAUGUUUGCCAAACAUUGGAAGUACGAGAUAAAGCUUUAGGUAUAUCUCAACAAUUACAGAAGAACGAUGUGAACCCAACCUACUAUCGACGUAACAAACCAUGUAUUUGCUCAUUUUGGGUAAAAGGUGAAUGCCGACGUGGUGAAGAAUGUCUGUAUCGAAAUGAAAAGAUAAAAAAAUCACCACUGUACAUUGGCGGUAUCCCGGAUGGGUUGGCUGAGUCUGAUUUUCUUAAUCACUUUUACCAGCUUGGUGAACUUUUCGCCGAAAAGGCUGCAGGGCGUACAUAUGAUCGUCUCAUUCUGGGUGGACAUAGUUUGACUGUGAACUGGGAAGCUGGUGACGCUUCACCCUUGCCACCAGUUCCUGGUCAACCACUUCGCAAUUCUUAUGCCACCACCUCCUCCGUCUUCAGCUCCACCAGGAACACUAACGACGCUUCUUCUAUACAAAAGGAGGCCAAACCCACCUAUGAGGGUCCUCAGGGUGUACAUUAUCCGAGCCAGAAUCCACAAAGUACGGGUAGUGUUCUGGCCGCUCAACAGCAUGAACAAUUGCUGGGGGGAACCAAGAACAGGCUUGAGAAAUAUGAUCCAGUGCUUCUCCGUCUCUCUUGA